CUGACUGUUUUCUUCUCUUUACAAUAUUCCCCAUAAGUUUUCCUCUUCUCUGCUGUUCAUUUACUCUACCCCCUCUUCAUUUGUCCUUCUCUAGUCUUCCAAUUGAGAGGCUCUUUAGCCUCUGCUUCCUGUUUCAUUUUCUCUUGCCAGUACAAGUUCCUGCCUCGGACUUCUGGGCUUUCACAUAUCAAGUUAGCCUAGCUGCUCCAUCAUGGCAAGCCUAAAGCGGGCCAGCAAACUAAUGGAGGAUGUGACCUGCCCCAUCUGCAUAGAAAUUCUACGGGAUCCUGUCACCAUUGACUGUGGGCACAACUUCUGCCUGCAAUGCAUCAAUCAGGUUGGGAAAACUACAGAAAACCUCCAAUGUCCGCUCUGCAAACUCCCUGUGAAUAAGAAUAUGUUGAGGCCCAAUAAGCUGUUGGCUAGUAUUGCAGAGAAAAUCCAGGCUAUGGAUCCUGCUGAGUUCCAAACAGAAGAAGAGCCAAGAUGUCGGAAGCACAAAGAAAAGUUCCAUUAUUUCUGUGAGAAGGAUGGAGAGUUCCUCUGCUUGGUGUGUCGUGACUCCAAGGACCACAAAACCCAUGAACUUACCGUGAUAGAUGAGGCUGCCCAGCACUACAAGAUGCAGAUUGAGACACAGCUCCAGCAUUUGGGGCAAAAGGACAAGGAAAUAAUUAAAGAGAAAAAGAAAGGUGAAGGAGCAAUCCAGGUGUUCAGGGCCCAGGUACAUCUAGAGAGACUAAAGAUCCUUGAGGAAUUUAAACAUGUGCGCCAGAGACUGGAAGAGGAAGAGAGAUUCCUCCUGUCCAGGCUGAGCUGGCUGGAGCAGGAGGGAGUCAAGCAGAUAGAAGAGUAUGUCACUGACACAGACGAACAGCUGACCACCCUCAGAGACCUCACAAGGUCCCUGAAAAAUAGGCUACAAGCGCCAUCGAUGGAGCUACUGGAGGACAUCAAAAACACCUUGGGCAGGGGUAAAGAAUUUCAGUUUCACAACCCAACCCCAGUUCCUAUGAACCUGGAGAAAAAAAUCAAUGAAGCCAAAGCAAGACACGAGUCCAUCAUAGAAAGUCUGAAGAAAUUAACAGACAACCUGAACACUGAAGGGAAGGAAGAUAAAAGCACAUUCCUGAACAGCCUGGAUGAAAAGGACAAGGAGAACUGGCGCCUGUUACAGAAGAAUAAGUCAGAGUUGCUCAGCUCAGUACCUAUGACCCUGGACUCCACUUCAGCUGACCCAAACCUCACCUUUUCUCAGGAUCUAAAGAAAGCAAGCUUGUAUGUCAUCGAUGGCACAUUGAAUACGCAAGCAAAACCUCGACAAUUCUAUCCUUUCCACUGUGUGAGGGGCUCCCCAGGCCUCUCCUCAGGCCGUGUGUUGUGGGAGGUGGAAAUCCAGGGACCCCCAGAUAGGGUUGGCAUAGUGGGUGUGGUCGCCGAGUUGCCUCGGGGGUCCCAGAUUCAGAACUCUGAGUCAUGCUGCUUGUGGGCGUUGCGGAUCUCGUCCUCUGGAUGUCAGCCAAUCACCAACUGCAGUAUCCAGGAGAAUCUGCCAAUCUGUCUUAGGAAAGUGGGCGUCUAUGUGGAUUAUGACCGUGGAGAUAUCGUCUUCUAUGAUGCCAUCACUAGCAAACACAUCUACACCUUCCAAACUUCCUUUGACAGACAGGUCUUCCCCCUUUAUGGGCUCCUAAAGGCCCGCAGCUCUAUCACCCUGAGCCUCUAGGGAUGCACCCAUGUGGGUCCCUCAGUCUCUUCCCCACCCAUCCCUCAUGAUCGAAUGAGAUGCAAGUGGCAGAAAGAAGCUUGGCCCUGCUUGGGCACACUACACACCCCACACACCCUACACACCCUACACACUCUACACACACAACACAUCCCAUACAACGUAUACACCAUAUACACCCUACACACACUGCACACCCUACACACCCCACACACCCUACACACAAUACACACCCCACACAUGCCACACACCCUAUACACAAUACACAUGCUAUACACCCCCACACUUUAACACCCUACACACACUUCUUUCUGUGAGUAAAGAAGACAGUGGAAUCUCCAAAUACUAACCAUAAGGCUUUUCAUUGCUGAACUUCAUAAAAGGACAUGAUUAGAAAUGGCCAAACUUCAGCAACAGCCCAUUGGGAAAUAUCUGGACACUCCCUGCUUGAGAUGCAAGUCCAAGACGCUGCCCAGCACCCUGCCUGCCCCUUUCUCUACUUCAUUACCUGCAGUUCCUAUGACUCUGAACUUGAGCACCCGGCUCUGGCUCUUUCUUGAAGUCUGAGAACCAGAGGCUACAUGCAGAAUCAGCCAGUCCUGUGCCAGUUUGUAGACAGGACAGUCUUCAAUCAGGGCUAUAACCUUUUGAAAAUUCAAAGCAAUGUUGUCACCCUCAACAACUCUGCCUUCAAAUUAAAAACAAAAUUGUAAACCACUCUUCAUGUUGAUUUAAUUUCUAAUUUUGUCUUAGGCCACAUCCAUAGCCAUCCUUGGCCUCCAUUGAACCUCCAGCCUCAGACAGGUUACUACUAGAAUAGAUUGAUAGUCGGGGAGAGUGUGAAACCACACA